CCGUUCGCUCGCUCUCCCACCGCUCCGUGUACGUGUGUGCGUUCUAUUUGUAUAUAGGAGCGUGUCGAGUGUGCGGUAGUAGUUUGAAAAGCCCGCGUGGAUCGCACAGUUCGAGCCGAGACUCCGGCGAGGCAGCGCGCUUAUAACGACGGUCGUGUUUUUUAACAGCGUCUCUGUGUUACCGUUUCGUUUUUUCUCGUAUUUUACGUUUUUGCUGUUGAGUACACAAAAAAACGGAGGCUUUCGUUUGAAAAGAGGAUUUGAAGCUUGACGAGUGACGCUCAGAGUCGAAAUUCGAGGAGAAACAGCAGGCUAAUUCGAAUUGAGAAUCAGACGUUUUGAGCUACGCGAACAUUGCCGAGUUGAACAAUCGGAUUUUUAUUCGGUCGACGACUCGCACGUUUUGCUCUUGCUUAUUUAUUCUUUAUGACUGUUCGUUGCACGGUGCUCUUGUUUUUCGUGGUGAAGUAUCGCGAUAGAGCGUAUCUCAGCUAUAAAAAUGGGCGACAAGUGCACAGUUUCGUGACAUUGGCGUGGAGAUCAAUUAUUUUUUCCUUGUGAUUUAAUAUUGUUGGAAAAAAUAGUUCGAACGUGAAGUUACUAAACUUCGGCAAAAUGUUUGUCGUCGCUUCUACCUGCGUCGUCAUCGUUCUGUCGUUGAUCCUCAACACCGCACAGGCUUUCUUCGCCGCACCGGCUCCAGGUUUCGGUCGAGGUCUGUCGAUGUACGAGGUCGGUGAUUCGAAACGUUCCGGAUCUUCGGUCGAGAGCAACGAGGUGACGAUACGAGAUAUCGGGAGUGACGAGAACGAGGAAGAUGACGAGCCGGCCGAUGAACCGGAAGUGCAGAUCGGAGAGCGAACGAUUCUCGCGGUGUUCGAGUCCGAGCUACCGGAGAGGGAUGAGAAAAGUGGGACCAAAAGUGGCAAAGAAGGAGCGUCCGUAUCGGACGACUCGGACAAUCAGAGUCCCCUGGAUCCGUGGUCGAUAGUUUGGUACAUCGGAUCGUUCGGUGGGCUGGUGGCAUUUUUCCUCAUCGUCAGUUGUUCGGAGUGGUGUUGUCGUCGGGGAGCCCGCCAAUUAAAUUCGUCGUACGUUAACCGUGGCAACAUGACGAGCGAUCAGACGAACGUAGGUAACGUUAGUACGGAAACGCCGCCCCCGCCUUAUCAUUUGUUCGCUCCGCCGCCUUACGAUUCGGUGAAUUACGGUGAUCUCGUGGACAAGACAUCGGGUGAAAAAAUCGAUAUAUUUGUGAUAUCGGUACCGUUGCAGAGCACGGCCCAUCAAGCAGCACCAGCGUAGAAGUAAAAAAGCAAACAAAGGAGGAAAGAAGAAGGCACGAAAAAGGCGAGGCGAUCGAUUUUUAAAAAUGUGAUUGCGAGAUGGGACUAUGAAAUUUUCACGAUUGUAGAAAAUAGAGCGAGAAUAGCAAGGCAAAAAAGAGGCGAGACCAAGAGCGCGAGUGAGAUAAGAGAAGAGAGGAGAGAUGGAAACGCAUCGGGUUUAUAAACGAGUAUUUCUUCUAUUCGAGUAAAUAUAAACGCGUGUUUAUGCACAUGCACAUUUGUAUUGAGAAUCGGGGACAAAGAAUCGAAAGCCAGCGAAAGCUCCACCCGAAAAGAUGAUUUUUGGAGGACGAAUCUCCACGAAUUUCCGAGAAAUCAAUGGAACGAGACGUUUCAAUGCCAAUUAAUUAAAUGUACAUAAAUUAUACAUAAUUAACAACGAAUGCAAUUACAAUAGUCUUCCGCGGAUUUGGAAUCUGCAGGGCCAGUCAUUGUUCGGGGAAAAAGGAAGAUAUGAAAGGAAAAGAGUGGGCAAAAUCGAAUUUUUCGAUCACACGUACAAGAUUUCUUACUCAAGGAUUUUCCAUGAAUCCAUUUGAUGGAUAUGGAAUCUGAGAUAUUUAAAUCUUGGAAUAUUGCGCGGAAAAACAAAAAUGGCAAUGCUUUAAUUGGCUCUCGUUAAAUCUCUACUUUUGUUUUUCUCUUUCGUUCGUUUUUUUUCAUCUUAAUUAUCGUUAAAUGAGAUUUUGCCCAUAGCAGAGCUUCAUUCUUGUUGAGAAUACCAUGUGCCACACACACACACACGCACACAUAUACACAGAGUUGUAGUAUCAUCGUACGCAAAUGUGUCACCGCGGCUGUGUUCUGAGAACACCGUUUCACGAGGAAAAGUAGUAGCAGGAGAGAGAAGGGGGGAGGUUGAAAAAAUCAUUAAUUCCGUCUAGCGUGUAAUUAUCGUUGGAAUAUUGGAUGAAAAGAGAUAUUGCUCGAAACUCUGCCCAUUAUUGCACGUACCUAUUGCUCGGUUCACCGUUUCUUCAUUUUUUCUUCUUCAAUUUUUAUUCCAACUCCGCGCGAGAUUAUUAUCAGCCUGGCGCCAUCGACUGAUUCAUCGAUAAUACGAGUUUCCUCGGUUCUUCUAUUGCAUGGGGAGAAACAAGAAAGAAAGAAAAAAAUAGUACGUACCGAGAAGCGAAGAAAAAAAAAUGGAACAUUUGAAAAAAUGAGAACACACAUUUUUAUCAAGAUUUCACAGAGAUUCUUCAUCGAUAUUUUAUAUUAUUCAUAGCUUUCCGUGGGACCGACAUUUUUCAAAUAUUUGCGUUAAUUUGAAAAAUCGUCGUCCGCGAUGCAACAAAAUACCUAGAAGAGGAAAAAUACGGUUUCGUUAUUCGUGGCUCGUCGAUAAGAUAACGAGAGUUUUGCGUACAUCCUAUUCCCACGUGUUAAGCGGCUGAGGAAGAAAAAAUACAACGGACGAAGCACUAAUGUGGGAGAGCAAGCUUCGAGUGACGUCAAAUUGACUGGAAACUUUUGCUAGAGACUAAAAAAAACGAAUGUGAGUGUUGACCCUGAUUUACACCGUUCCAUGAUCGUCAAUUGGUUCCAAUUGUAAUAUACGAUAUAUUAUGAUGUAUAUACGAAACGCGGUACUGCCAUGAAGAUUUAUAAAUAUAUCUAUACAUGUAAAUAUACGUAUGAAGAUUUGGAAGUGAUAAAGAAGGAGGAUGAAAAGCGUAGGAAGAGCUGUAGCGACGAAACCGAAAAACCAACGAAAAUAACGACACUGCUAAAUUAAUGAUAGAUUUUGACCUGAGAAAUAAUGAUUCACGUUUAAAAAAAAAAAAAUAAAAAAAAAAACCCACACACACGCGUAAGAUAAUGUAUUCUAGACUGUAUUUUAAGUCGUCGAGAGAGUGAAUGAGGAGAAUAAUUAUUACGAAUUUUUAUGAUUAUUUGGUGUUUGUGAGGGAAAAAUGUAAAUAAGAGUGCUUGAGCUCCGAGUGCAAUUGCAAUUAUUGUGAAAACAAAUACUUAAUGAUCUCAGCUAGUCACCCGAAGGAGCGAAUGAUUGAGUUUUCUGUUUUUUUUUUUUUUUUUUUCGUUUCUAAUCGUAUUUAAAUUGUGAGAUCCAACGCGAGUUUAUCGAUAAACAAGCAGCGUCUGUAUGUAAACGACGCAAAAUCAUUAUGCAUUAAUAUUUCAAUAAUUGGGUGGAUGAAUAAGUGUGUGAAAUUUUCGAAAAUUGGACGUAUCCGCGGCAACGCCAAAUAUGACCGAAAUCAAGAGCAAUAUAAUUGUCAUGAUAACGAUUAAUGUUAUUAUAUUAUGCGUCACGUGUUUCGAAAGCCCUAUUCUGCAAUCCUCCACGUGACUGAUCGUCGAUAAUUUAUUUUUUAUACUUUUUAUACAUAAUAAAGAGCAAAAGAUACGAA